AUGACUUCAGACCUGACAGAGACCAACCUCGCCGCACUCAAUCGCGCACACAACGGUCCCAUCAUGACACCGCCCAGCGUCCUCAUUCUCGGCGCCGGAGAGCUCGGCCUCGCCGUCCUGACCGCGCUGGCCGCUCACCCGCUGCGCCCGCGCGUCGUCACCCUCAGCGUCUUGCUCCGCCAGGCUACCCUAGACUCGGCGGCACCGGCAAAGAAGCGCGCCGUGCAGCACAUCCGGGCCCUCGGGACGGGGUUCGAGGCCGCCGAUGUAGUGGCCGCAUCGAUCGAGGAGCUCGCAGAGAUUAUGGCGCGCUACGAUACCGUGGUGUCGUGCUGUGGGAUGGAGCUGCCAUCGGGAACUCAAACAAAGCUGGCUGAGGCGGCCCUCAAGGCAGGCGUGCGGAGGUAUUUUCCCUGGCAGUUCGGCAUGGACUACGACGUGAUUGGCAAGGGCAGCGCGCAAGAUUUGUUCGACGAGCAGCUCGAGGUGCGGAGGGUGUUGCACGCGCAAAGCGCCACGGAGUGGACGAUCGUCUCGACGGGUCUCUUCAUGAGCUUCCUCUUCGAGCCCACCUUUGGCGUCGUCGACCUGCAGAGCAGAACGGUGCGUGCCCUGGGCCACUGGGGCAACGAAAUCACCGUGACGGCCCCGGGGGACAUUGGGCGCGUCACGGCAGAGAUGGUGCUCGACCCGCGGGGCGAGGGCGUCAACGCGGCGGUCUACACGGCGGGCGACACCAUCUCGUACGCGCGACUGGCGGACCUGCUGGACGAGCGGCGGCUCGGAGGAGGCGACGACGAGUUCACGAGAGAGCUGUGGGACGAGGAGGCGCUGGCGAAGCAGCUCGAGGAGCAGCCCGACAGCGUCAUGACCAAGUAUAGGGGCACGUUUGCGCGGGCGAGGGGCGUGGCUUGGGGGAAGGCGGGGACGGUGAAUGCGAGGCGGGGGAUGAAGAUGGUGGAUGUGAGGGAGUAUCUUAGGGAUGUGCAGCUGGGCGCGGCGGAGAAGCAGACAUGA